AUGGCUACGGUGAUUGGGAUCAAUGGGCAAUUUCCAGGACCAAUUCUCAAUGUUACUUCAAAUUGGAAUGUUGUUGUCAAUGUCAAAAAUGGCUGUGACGAGCCAUUUCUUCUCACAUGGAAUGGCAUAGAACAUAGGAAGAACUGUUUGCAAGAUGGUGUUUUAGGUACAAAUUGUCCCAUUCCUGCUGGUUGGAAUUGGACAUAUCAGCUUCAGGUCAAACAUCAGAUAGGGAAUUUCUUUUACUUCCCGUCCCUUAGCUUCCAGAGAGCUGCGGGUGGAUAUGGGGAAAUCAUCAUAAACAACAAAGAAGUGAUUCCAGUACCCUUCGGGAUGCCAGAUGGAGAUACAAUCUUCAUUAGUGACUGGAAACAAGAACUAAGGCAGGAUGUUGAAAAAGGAAUCAAUCUUGGAGUUGUUGAUGGUAUCCUCAUUAAUGGAUUGUGUCCCUAUCGCUUUGAUGGGGCAGUUGUUCCAGAUGGUACUACUUACCUGAAAAUAAAUGUUGAACCAAGUGAAUUUUUGAAAUGUAUAUGUUAUACUUAG